AUGGCUGAAGAAUGCACCGAAAGCUCUGUUGCAGCAUCUUCCUCUACACUUAAUUGGUGGCCAGAUCUUCAUACAAGCUCUUCAUGGAGUACUACUACGAACCCAUGGCACACACCAAAUCCUCAUUCCAACUCUCCUGGUGAGGAAGAUGUGUCCAUGUCUACGUCUUUUACGAAUGCUUCCAAUCACUCUGGCCUAAGCGUUGAGUCCUCUCGUAGACUUGUUGAGUGUUCAUCGACAAACGAAUUGAUUGGAGAAACAGCUCCUGAUAAUCAUCUGUGGAGCCAAGUUUUCUUAAGUGUUGGGAGCAGUGGAGAAUUACCCAACGGUCAAGAUGUUGGAGAGAACUUGCUGGACUCAUUACCCUCCAAGAAUAUAUCUUCCAGUAUGUUUGAACCAGCCUGUGACUACUUGAAGAAAAUAGAAAACAGCUGGGAAUUCGCUAGCUCAACCUCUUAUAACAACCUCGAAAAGCAUUUUCAUGGAUAUAACGACACCUUAAUUGACAGCGAAAGGCUAAACAGAUUGUCAAAUUUGGUCAGCAAUUGGUCUAUAGCUCCACCAGACCCUCAAGUCACUCAACAGUUUGACCCACGAGCAUGCAGUAAUUCUCUGAGUUCUAAUAUAAAUCAAUAUUCACAGCCCAAUUUUUGCUCUAUAAAGCAACCUGCCAACAGUAUAAGAUCACUUUUCCGGCAAGGGCAUGACUUGAAAGUUGAGGAUGAUCACCGGGAGAUUGACGCGACCAGGGCUUUAUGUCGAAGGUCAUUUAACAGCAAUGGAAUCAGAUAUCAAAUGGGAAAUAACAACUCCAUAGUAGGAGAGAAUGGAAAAUACUACUUUGGAGGAUUAGAUGUGCCAUGCACCAAUACAAGAAAUUUCUCAGAUGCUGUAUCUUUCAAUAGUUGUUUAAGCAAGCCCUUGGUGGACAUUAAUGCAUCUAAACCUCUCCUGAAAACCAUGAAUAUAUCAGAUUCUAAGAGGCAGGGGAUCCAAUCCUCUUGUCCAAAGUUUCAGCCUACAAUAUCAACAUCCUCCACACUGACAAGAAGCAGUGGAAGGGGACAGGGAGUUACAAGUGAGGGAAAAAAGAAAAGGUCUGAAGAGAACUCAGACACAGUCUUGAAGAAGUCCAAGCUUGAGGGUUCUACAGCCUCAUCUGCUAAGGUUCCAAAGGUCAAACUCACAGAAAAAAUCACAUCCCUUCAGCAAAUUGUUUCACCUUUUGGAAAGACCGACACGGCAUCGGUGCUAGGGGAAGCAAUUGGAUAUAUAAAGUUUCUGCAAGAACAAGUGCAGCUAUUGAGCAACCCUUACAGGAAGAGUAAUGUCACCAAGGUAAGCAAAUGAAAAUAUACUUGUCUUACUUCUUGGCCGAAAAAAAUUCUUGAAAAGUAUAAUUAUCUUGUGCUCGGUUCAGGACCCAUGGGGAGGAUCGGAUAGAAAAGACCGAGGAGAUGUAAAGCUUGAUCUCAAAAGCCGAGGCCUUUGUUUGGUUCCCAUUUCCUGUACCCCUCAAGUUUAUCGUGAGAACGUGGGAUCAGAUUACUGGACUCCGUAUAGAGGAUGUUUAUAUAGAUGAUCCAUUCAAGGUUCUCUUUCAUUCUUCUGAUGGUCAAUGUUAUACUGUUAGCCGGAGUAAGGCAAUACUUUGCUUAAGCGAAAAUAACUGGAUGACCACAGAAUGAUAAUACUAAUGGCUCAGUAACCAGUGUUUGAUAUUGUGUUUUUAGAGUUGAAAAGAGAAAGAAGACUAGAAAAUAUGAUCAUGUAACUUCAAUCUUUUGGUUUUAUAUUUUGAUGCAUUUUGUGG